UACUUUCUCAUAUAUUCAUAAAUCCUCCCAUUUUCAAUUUACAAAAUUCAAAGACCUCAUCAUUGAUCUUCUCAAAUCUCUUCUUAGAUUCUUCAUAUUUCUUUCAUCUUCCACGAAAACGAGGAUCUCAGUAGCUAUUUUGCUCGGACAUCAUGUCGACUUCAUCGGAUUUCGCCGAUUCUGGGAGGUAUUUUGGCAAGAAGCCGGCUAAGUCGCCGGAGAAAUCCAAAGUCUCUCAAACCUGUAAUCUUUUAAGCAAAUACUUGAAAGAGAAUGGCUCCCUCGGCGAUCUCGGAAUCGGAAUCAUGCGAUGUCCACCGGCGAUAGAGAAAUUACCGACGACUAUGAAUCUGUUUCCAAUGGCAGGAGAUUCCAAUUUAAGUGAUGAAAAGAAAUUGGAAUCAGAAACAGCGCCAAUGACGAUUUUCUACGGCGAGAAAGUGAUGGUGUUCAAUGAUUUUUCUACUGAGAAGUUUAAUGAAAUUAUGGCGUUAGUUAGUAAAGAGAAUUCUCAAUAUCAGAGAAUUAAUAACUUCUCUUCAAGGCCUUCUACUCCGGUUCAAAUAACCGCUGUUGAUCCAAAUUCUAACGAUAAUUUGCUUCCCCGACGUCUUCCUCAUCGUGUCGUCGCCGAUCUAUCAAUGGCGAGGAAGACUUCGUUGACCCGUUUCUUUGAGAAGAGAAAGGAUAGGAUAAUUGCACGAGCACCCUACAGUAUUAACAAACCAACCAUUUCUCCAUCUGAUGCAACCAAUGCAAAAGGGUGGCUCGGUUUGGGUCCUUGAAAUUACAAAUGAAGUCUACAUAGGAUCGUGAACAUAUACAAUACAAAAAGUAUUUUAAGAUUGACUUAUUUAAAUUUAACAAUUAUAGUAUAUUUAAAGUUGAUAUUUUUGUCUUUUAAAAUUGUAUUUUUUGUGUAAUUAAGAAUUACAUUAUUGUGUUUAAAGAUUUGUAUGUAACAAUUACGUUGUUAUGGAA